CACAACAAUUUAUCUAAAGGACCACAGAAGCCAAACACAAAUAUAUCAUUUCUGUCUAAAUACAUUUUCCUUCCCACUUUCUUUACUUGCUACUAUUCCACAACUUUACAAAGAAAGACAAUCAACUAGCCACUUUAGCAACAAAAAAAAAUAUCAUGGAAAAUCAAGAACAAAUAAUCAACCUUGAAAUUCGAGCCAAUUAUCGUCGUCACAAUUUCUUCUCUAACUCUUCUUCUAAUGUCUUGAAUUCUCCUUCAAACACAACAUCAUCGUCGUCAUCUUCUUCUUCUUCCUCCUCGAGCAAUGAGCUUACUCGAAAAAAUUACGACUCGAAGAAAAGCUCAAGGAAAGUUCAAGAACUCAUCCAAAUUAAUGAGAAUGGCGAAGAGAAGAAGAAAUGGAAGAAAAAUGAAGAUGAAAAGCACCCAACAUAUAGAGGAGUACGUAAAAGGAGUUGGGGUAAAUGGGUGUCCGAAAUUCGAGAGCCAAGAAAAAAAUCAAGAAUAUGGUUAGGUACUUAUCCUACGGCUCAAAUGGCGGCUCGAGCUCAUGACGUCGCGGCUUUAGCCAUCAAAGGUGACUCGGCUUACCUUAAUUUUCCCCAUUUAGCUCAUCAACUUCCGCGCCCCGCUUCCGCUUCUCCUAAGGACAUCCAAACCGCGGCGGCUUUUGCCGCCGCCAUCACAUUUCCCGACGAAAAUGAAGAAAUUCGAGCGGAGCCGAGCCGAGUUGAAUUACGAAGUUGUCAUUCGUCAACCAAUUUAUUAUCGGAAAACACCCAAGAAUUACCAAAUUCUUUUUCAAGAGAGGAUGAUGACACUUUUUUUGAUUUACCUGAUCUCUCCAUUGAUGUGGCGGAUCAAAAUGACCGUUAUUGUUGCACAAUGUCCACGUGGCAGCAGCUGGUUGGAGAUGACACUACUGUAUUCCGGCUCGAGGAGCCAUUCUUGUGGGAUUGCCCUGGAUAGAUAUUUACCUGAAACGCGAUACAACAACAAUCAAGUAUAAUCUCACUAGUGGGUAUGGGGAAGGUAGUGUAUACGCAGACCUUACCCUACCCUGGGAUAGAGAGGUUGUUUCCGAUAGAUUCUCGGUUCCCUCCCUCCAAGAACUCCCCACUUUGUUCUUGGGUUGACUCGAACUCACAAUCUCUUGGUUGAAAGUGGAGGGUGCGAUUGAGUGCACGUAUUUUAUUUUUUUUCGAAGCUGCAGGGCAAAAAGGAUUGAUUGUAAUCUGCAAUAAUAUUUAAUAUCUUCUUUGUCAAACACAAAAUGUGGAGCUUAUGUU